AUGAAAGAUUUGGGACCCUUAAGUUACUUCUUGGGAAUUGCAGUCACUCGUCACCAACAAGGGUUGUUUCUCUCACAAAAGAAGUAUGCUGAAGAAAUUCUUGCACGUGCUGGAAUGUCCUCUUGUAAGCUGUGUCUAACCCCAGUUGAUACGAAACCGAAAAUGAGUGCCACAACUAGUAAUCCAUGUAAGGAUCCAUCUCUCUAUCGUAGUCUGGCAGGAGCUCUUCAAUAUCUUACCUUCACUCGUCCUGAUAUCUCCCAUGCAGUACAACAAAUAUGUCUCUUUAUGCAUAAUCCGAUGGAAGACCACAUGAAUGCUCUUCGACGUAUCUUGCGCUACAUUCAGGGCACAAGCCAAUAUGGUUUGCAUCUUUAUCAUUCAUCCACUACUUCCUUAAUUUCAUAUACAGAUGCUGAUUGGGGUGGGUGCUCCGACACCAGACGGUCUACUUCUGGCUACUGUGUCUUUCUUGGAGAUAACAUGAUAUCUUGGUCAUCUAAACGACAACCCACCUUAUCCCGAUCUAGUGCCGAAGCCGAAUACCGUGGAGUUGCCAAUGUGGUCUCUGAAUCAUGUUGGCUACGCAAUCUUCUCCUUGAAUUACAGUGUCCUAUUCACAAAGCAACCAUGGUUUAUUGUGAUAAUGUCAGUGCAAUUUAUCUCUCUGGUUACCCGGUCCAACAUCAAAGAACAAAACAUAUUGAGAUGGAUAUUCAUUUUGUUCGCGAAAAGGUGUCUCGUGGCCAAGUCCGAGUUCUGCACGUACCAUCACGAUAUCAAAUUGCAGACGUUUUCACAAAAGGUCUUCCCUUGAUAUUAUUCCAAGAUUUCCGUGACAGACUCAACAUUCGUCCACCUCCCGCUUCGACUGCGGGGGAGUAUUAG